GACGGCGGUGCUUGCGAGGCUGGGGACCCCUACAUUGAGCCCGACGCCACGGUGUCCUCCAAGAGGAUCAACAUUCCGACGACCCGAAACGACUUGUUCGGGAUGGCCUUCGGUAGCGCGACCACGUUCAAUGCGCGAACCGUGGCUGCUUGCUACUGCCCCGACCGGAACGGGUGCACCAACACGGUGGAUUUCAUCCAGCAG